AUGGCGUAUUUUGGAGAAACCCAACUCUUUGGUGCCAAAGAUUCUGAAGGCGCGAUAUUUUCCACAUGGACACUUCAUGGGGGUCCCUCCGGGUCAUUCUUCGAGGUUAUUGAGGAAGGGCUGGCUUGGCGAGUUGGGAACGAGAAUUCAAUUAGGAUUUUCAAUGACAACUGGCUUCCUAAACCGUGUACUUUUAAAACCGUUGUGAAAUGCAAGAUUGGAUUGGAAUGCUAA